CACACACACACACACACACUGGGAUUGCACUCAGUCCAUUAAGACACCAGGCUUAAGCAUUGCUUGUUGCUGAACGUCUCUGCAGAACAGACGAUUCAGGCGCAGCGACAAAAGGAACAAUGUCAGGACCGAGGCCCGUGGUGCUGAGCGGCCCGUCUGGGGCAGGGAAGAGCACCCUGCUGAAGAGGCUGAUGAAGGACCACGAGGGAGUGUUUGGAUUCAGCGUGUCACACACAACAAGGAACCCUCGACCAGGGGAAGAAGAUGGCAAAGGACUGAACAAGCUCCCCAUGCUUCUGGGGGCUACUUUACUGCCUGUAGCAGACGUCUUUUCCUCUGAAUCCUCAUUUUCGUGUCCAAACGAAUCAGAACACAAAGAUAAAGACUACCACUUCACAACAAGAGAGGCCAUGCAGGAAGGCAUCGACAACGGAGAGUUUAUUGAGAAUGCUGAGUUUUCUGGCAACAUGUAUGGAACAAGUAAAGCUGCUGUGGAAGAUGUACGAGCUAAGAAUCUGAUCUGCAUCCUCGAUGUGGAUAUCCAGGGGGUGAAACGGAUUAAAGAGACUGAUCUGGACCCCAUCUACAUCUCCAUCCAACCUCCAUCCAUGGAGAUCCUGGAAAAACGUCUGAGAGACAGGCAGACAGAGACGGAGGAGAGUUUACAGAAACGUCUGGAGGCUGCACGCAUCGAUAUGGAGCUUAGUAAAGAGCCUGGAGUGUUUGACAUAGUUAUCAUCAAUGAUGACUUAGAGAAGGCCUACGAGGAGCUGAAAGAAAUCCUCAAUGAAGAAAUCAAGAAGGUCCAGGAGGCCAAAUGAACCAAAGACAAUUACCCACUUGUUUUGCUGCUUGUGACUCUGAUCAGAAUAACUCUCCCAGAGAAUGAACACAACCAAAGAAAAGAGCAGAAAAUAUGUUUUUUAUUAUAUUUCUCUUUCCAUUUCUCUGCGUCUGUGCCGUUUCCAUGCAGGUAAAGAAAUGCAAAAGUCUGGGUUGAAAUGUUUUCUUUGCUGAGCAAAAAUUUGUGUUGUAGUUAGCUGAAGAAAAACAGGUAAAAUGUAUGUAUUAAUAUCUUAAAACUGUAUAAUUUGAAACUUUUUUCUGGCCUAUAUUAAACACCUUUGGCACUUACAAACUUGUUAUAGCAAAUAUAGGCUUCAGAGUAUAAGUUCUCAGUGCUUUUCAGCCUAUUUGAAGCAUGAAUGUUCACUAUUAAUUGAUGGGAGAUAUUUUCAUUGUAGUCAGCCUUUGAAAUAUCUAUCUUACAAAAAGCCAACUACUAAGGAAUGAGAUGUAUGUAUGGAUAAAUGUAUGGAUGUACGGACGGAUGGGCAAAUCAUACUUUCAUAAACUGCAUAGAAAUCCAGUAUUACAUACUGUAUUUAUGCAUACUUUUGCUGAACACUAAUAUAAAAUAACUAAAACCUUUCUUCACAGAGAAGACUUUGUAUUUUGUAGAUUUCCAUUCAUGUUCAAUAUCACAUGUUUAUAUAGAAAUGUGGAUCAAUAAAGAGAUUGUGGACAUUAACAAAGCACUUCAAGUGUCAUUUAUUAUAUUUUUUCCAUUCACUUCAAGACAGGAGGUAAUUCACAAAACACACAUUUUUCUAUUUAUUCAUUGCAAACUUGUGAGUAAUAAAGUCUGGAAUAUAUUUCUGAAAUGUUCUCUUCUUUUCUUAAAACAAACAAAAAAGAUGUCACAUGUAAGACCAAACGUGCGUCCAUUUGACACUUUAACAGAUGAAGCAGCAA